GGCGGUUGUUCAUGGGAUUCUUUUUGGUGGCGUUCAUGCUUGCUGGAGCACUUAUCCAGCAUAAUGUUUUCCCGGGUUACCUCACCAACGUCCUUAUCGCCCCACUCACCUCAAAUGUCGACACGAGCCCCGAUACAGGCCUUUGGUGGUACUUCAACAUCCAAAUAUUCGACGCUUUUCGAGACUUCUUCACUUGGGUUUCGUCUCUCCACCUUCUCAUCUACGUCAUUCCACUAUGCAUCAAAUUCGGUAACACACACCAAUCGCGCCAGCAACCAAUGAUCCUCCCCACAGCACUCGCAGGCAUCGUCGCCGCAUUCGGAACAUACCCCUCCCCAUCCCACACCGCCCUCCCCCUCUCCCUCCUCGCCCUCUCCCCCGCCCUCCUACCCUACCUAACCCACCCCUUCCUCACGCUUCUCACACUCCUAUUCUCGUCGAUUCUGUUACCGGUGUUUGGGGAGUUGUGGUUGGGGCGGGGGAGUGGGAAUGCGAAUUUUGGGUGGGCGGUUGGGAUGGUGUGGGUGCUUGGACAGAUGUGGGGGGUUGUUGAUUUGGUUGGGGCGGGAGUUAGGGGGGCGUGGGAUGAGGAAGGGGACAGGAUUGGGGAGAGGAGGAGGGGGGACAGGGCUGUGCAGAUGUAGGUUGGAGAGAAACGUGAGGCAAGGAUGCCGCUGGAUUGGGGGAUGUAACGUAGACUUAUUUCCUAUUGCGGGCGGGGGGGCGUA